AAUAAAAAACAAUCAUCCAUAAAAAUAUAGGGUUAAUUUAUGCCCACCAGAGACAGAACGCGUUAUAAACUGUAAAAACAUCAAAUCAGAUGCCAAAUUGGAAAUAUAUUUUAACAUUCUCGAUCAGACCGCAAAAUCUAGGUAUUUCAACGUCCCAGAAAUUACUCAACACAUCUGUAGUCUGGGAAGAAUUGUUCCUUUUUCUGAUAAAGGAGAUAUUACUUGAAACUCGUGUAGUUACGACUUCGAACAUUUAUUUAAAUGCUGUACGGCUGUUGUUUGAAACUGUAACCAAAGACAAAUGCGUAGUCUACGUGACCAAUCUGGCGUUUUUCUCAGAUCUCAGAAUCCUAUUGGUAGUGUUUUACUUGCUUUCAUCAGUGCUGCAAAUCAGCUGGGAGAAGUUUGGAAUAGUGGGGAAACUUUUACUCUCCUUUAUCAAACAAGUUUUUGAAACAGUCUGGCAUUUUCACGCUAAUUUAUUGAGACCAUAGGAGAAAACAUCGAACACUACAGAAAUGGAAAGAGGAAGAGAACAUUUGGGCACCGAAGGUCAUCGUGAGUCAGAUCUAGUUGAACCAACGCUGCUAUGGCUCCGGGACAGCGUUGCCACAGUAAGGCUGCAGGCACGUCAGAGGGUGUUACAGGGAGCAUUGUUACUGUGUGCUGUCGGGCUGUUGCUGUGGACCUCCAUCUUCCUAUACGGGAGCUUCUACUUCUCCUACAUGCCCCAGGCCACCUACAGCACACCUGUCCACUACUACUACAGGACGGACUGUGAUUCUUCUGCUUCUAUUCUCUGCUCUUUCCCCAUUGCCAACAUCUCUCUCCUGCAGAAUGGCAAGAACCAGGCAAUGACAUACGGCCAGCCCUAUCAGAUCUCCCUGGAGCUGGAGAUGCCAGAGUCGCCAGCCAAUCGGGAGUUGGGAAUGUUCAUGGUAAAGAUGUCCUGUUACAGCAGAGGUGGACAGACGUUGACUUCAUCAGCACGAUCUGUAAGGCAGCUAAGCUCCAGCUCUCGCUUUGCGAUGUUGCACUAUCGCUCCAGUCUGCUAAGGACCCUAGGAACACUAUUCUUCAUCCCGUUUUUCUUGUCUGGAAUGGCAGACCAGAGACAGACAGUGGAGGUGGAGCUCUUCUCAGAAUACAUAGAAGAUUCUUAUGCCCCAUCCAUAGGAGCCAUCAUUGAAAUCCAGUCUCAAAGGGUUCAGAUCUAUUCAUCACAGCUAAACAUUCAUGCUCAUUUCACUGGCAUAAGGUACUUCCUGUAUAACUACCCAGUACUGUCAGCAGUGAUGGGAGUGGCCAAUAACUUUUCUUUCCUCAGUGUUCUCCUCUUCUUCAGCUACCUGAGACUCCUCUCAAGUCAGUUUAUCAUCCCACGACAGGAAUGUGUGUGUGCAUAUGAGGUGAGAGAGAGGAUUAGUUUUCCUCAGAGGCCAGCUAGAAUGGACAAAAGCCAGGACACAGAUCCAGAAGAUGAACACAGUGACCCAACAGAAAUUGAGAGUUCCUCAUCAGGUGCACUAGUGGAGGCGCCUGUCACAGCCAGCUGUCUUAGCCAGGAAGAAGAGUCCAGUGUCAUUGCAGGAGGGGACGAGAUGGAUGUCAGACAGAGGUUUCACAAUGAGGUGGACUUGGAAGAGACCAUGGAAAAACAAGGGGAAACACCAAAACAUUCAGACAGUACACUGAGGUCCCAGAUCAGAACCUCAGCCUGUCCCAUAUCCUAAUAGAGCUCCAAAGGAUGACCAGUAUCAUAUCGACCAAUAGGUGGUGGUGGAGGAUGAUCUGGCCUCUUGUACUUCGUCACUCAGCAAACAAAAGCACCUUUUUUUUAAAUUUCAAAACCAUAUGUUUGAUGCUUGGCAAAUGUGUUUACAUUUUGUUUGCUGUUUCGAUGUGUUGCUGAUGGGACGUGUCAUGCAAAACCCAGUCGAUGUUGAAAUAUGACCAUGGGCUUCCACCUAAGAUGACAAUUAUAAUGAAACUCACAAGAUUGCAUAAAUGGAAUAGAGUUUAUAUCAGAUCAUUUCAAUAUUAUGAAACAUCCAGGGUGGAUGACAACACAAAAUGCCUUCCUCGUUUUCACAUAUUUGCCUGUUACUGACAAGCACUCCUGUUCAUUAUUUUCUACUAAUAAAUAUUACCUGUUUUA